AUGCGAUCCCCUCGAUCCGUAAAGCGACCACACACGAAUCAUCACACGACCAAUGUUAGGCGAAACAGAGGAAAACAAGUAAAGAAUUCACGAAUGAGACAUAAGCAGUGGGCACACGCACUAAUUUAUAGUCCAGAAGUCGCUGAAAAACGUCUUCUGUUCAUUCCUAUCGCUGCCCCGAUUAUAAAGGAGAUUAGUGAAGAAGAACGUGUACGACGUGCUGAAAGGAAGAAGGAGAAGAAGUUGAUUGCAAAACAAAACGACGAUGAGAUUCGCAGAUUGGAGUUGGAAAGAAAAGAGAAAGAGAGGGAGGAACGACGACUGAAAAGAGAGGAGGAGAAGAAACGCCAGGAAGAAUUGGAGUAUCAAAAAUGGCAAGAAGAGCAAAAGAAAAAGGAGGAGCAGUUGCUAAAAGCAGAGGCAGAGCGAAAGGCCGCCGAAAAGAAGGCUGCUGAGGAGAAGAAGAAGGAGGCUCAAUCAGAAGCGAAGAAGGAGAAGAAAAAGGAGAAGAAACAAACUGAAAAUGAGCAGAUAUUCACCAAUACCACCGUCAAAGUAGAGAAGACAGCACCUACCGAAUCGAAUACUGCUCCAGCUCCAAAGCCAGCUGAGGAGGCUGAAAAGAAAAAGAAGAAGAAGGAAAAGGAACCUAGUAUUGAGAAAGAAGUUCCUGUGAAAGUGGUGAAUGAUCCAGUCACAGAAACAGUUCCUCAUGUGGAGGUACAUGACGAGGAAAAGCACCCAAAGAAGAAAGGUGGUAAAGGAAAAAAGACGAACGAAGACGAUUCCGGACAUCAUAAUGGCCAUGACGAAAUAACUGUGACUAAUGAAGUUCACGUUGACGAAGGACACGGAAAACCUGAGGCCCAUGGAAAGAAGGCCAAGAAGAACAAAAAGAAUGAGAAUGAUUCCGUAGAUGUUGGAAAUGGACAUGUAGUAAAGACGAACGUCGAUGAAACCACUCACGUCAUCGAUUCCGCUCCUGUUGGAGACGUUCCGAAUGGAGGUUUAGUGCAAUUGGAUGGCGAGAAAAAGAAAGGCGGGAAAGGAAAGAAGCACGGAACGGCACCGCUUGAAUCAUCUGUUGUUAGUCGCACUGCUGACGUUGUCCUUGAAAAGAGAGCGACAAAUGAAAUCCCUCACGGUGACACUAACGGUCAUGAAGAAGAACAUCACCAACAAAUAGUGGAGGAGACCCAAGUUAAGAAGAUCAAACACAAAGAGAAGAAAGGAAAACAAACGCCAGAGAUCGAUGUGAAAACGGAAGUGACUGUUGUGACUGAAAAAAUCAAAUCAGAAGAAAACGCUCCAAAUGUUACUACUGAGAAAGUAUCGCCUCCAAUCCAAGUUCAUGAAGUUACUAGCACUGCACAUGAAAACGGAACAAAAGAAACAGUUCAUACCAUCACUACCACAUUCGAAACAACGUCUUCAACAAGUCCAACACAGUUUGCACAAAAUGUCGAGAAACUAGUGUCACAUACUCUGAAGAAGGCCAAACACGAUAUAGUAGAGAUUGAUCCUAAUGUCAAACUGACGAUCGACGCUCAACUCGUGAAGCUCUCGGAAAAGAAGCCGGAAACAUCAACCGAACAUAAGAUACACAUCACUCCUCUCCCUCUUGAACUUCACUACUCAAGGCCAACGACACCUUCCAACCGCGAACGAGUGUACAAGCUGCUCCCACGCGAUAUCAUUUUCUGUUCCGGUUUGAUCGAAACUCAUGGCGACGACUAUGCUGGAAUGGCUGCUGACCCAAGAAAUAUCUACAAGGAGAAUGCUCGAGCGAUCCAGAGAAAAGUCAGGAUCUUCAAGGAAUCUCCUCAUUACCAGACAUAUCUACGCGCUAAAGAAGAGGGAAGAACGGUAGAAGAGAUACUUGCUGAAGAAGGCCAAACGUAA